AUGGCAGAGCCGAUUCCCACGAUUGAGUCGCUUUUAGAGCACGCGAAGUCGGUCUUUCGGGAAGAGUUUGACAGUGACGCUGACGUGGCAGUGGCGGCGCCCGGGAGGGUCAAUUUAAUCGGGGAACAUACCGAUUAUAACGAUGGUUUCGUUAUGCCCAUGGCAUUACCAUUGGUAACAAUUAUAGUAGGCAGAAAAGUAGCAGGCGAUGUUGCCACUAUUGUAACAACCAAUAAAGAUGUGGACGAUCCGAAAAAAAUAACCGUGGAGAUGCCCAAUCGUAAUGCUUUGGUGCGCACUUUGGAACAUUCCGGACCGAAAUGGUGCCUCUACGUUAAAGGUGUGAUCGCUAAUUACGCUGGCCCGUGUCCACCGGCCUUUGAGGCCGUGGUCCAUACAAGUGUCCCCACCGGUGGUGGACUGUCCAGUAGUGCAGCCCUCGAGGUGGCCACUUAUACAUUCCUGGACGCCCUCACUGGGGGAAACCCCCAGGAAUCACUGAACGACAAAGCACUCGCGUGCCAGAAAGCCGAACAUCAAUACGCCGGGAUGCCUUGCGGCAUUAUGGAUCAGUUUAUUUCUUGUAUGGGUCAAGAAGGUAACGCGUUACUGAUCGACUGCAGGCACAUGACUUCGCAACUAGUGCCGUUAGACGAUCCGCAAAUAGUCGUUUUAGUGACGAAUUCGAAUGUGAAACACGAGCUGACGGGCAGCGAGUAUCCCACCAGGAGGCGACACUGUCAAGAGGCGGCUUUGAUUCUUAAAAAAGUCAGUCUGCGGGAUGCUAACGAAUCAGACAUUGAUUAUCUAAAGUCAAUAGAAACUGACGAAACUCUCCUAAAUAGAGCCAGACAUGUGAUAACAGAAAUCGAAAGGACAGUACAAGGCGCGAAAGCCUUAAAAGAGCACAAUUAUCAAAAGUUUGGUCAACUGAUGGUGGAAAGUCAUAAUUCUUUAAGAGAUGAUUAUGCCGUUUCGUGUCCAGAACUGGACAGUUUGGUUCGUUUGGCAUUAGAAGUAGACGGCACUCUAGGUAGCAGAAUGACCGGAGGGGGCUUUGGAGGUUGUACAGUCACUCUGGUUUAUGCUAAUGCAGUAGACAAAGUGAUUCAACAUAUUAGGAAAAAUUACAAGGGGACUCCAACUUUUUAUGUUUGCAAGCCCAGUCCUGGGGCAAGGAUAUUACAAAGGCCGACAUAGUUUGCGAAAACACUUAAUAAUAUUGAUAGAGGGAAAUAAAAUAUAAACUGUUUUAA